GCCUGCGGCUACCAGCCUGGAACCUCUAGCCUCGGGGCUGCGACUUCACCCCCGGAAGUGGGGUGACGGGCUGCGGUGCGGGUGCGGCGACAGACUGUGGCCCGAGCCUCAGAUAGCAGCAGUAGCAACAGCAAUGUUUCACUUCUUCAGAAAGCCCCCAGAACCUAAGCAGCCUUCAGUGUCAGAGGUAGAGGCUGAUGGAUUUGUCCUCUUAGGAGAUAAAGCAAAUGAGUCAGAAGAUAAAACUUCAGAAGUAGAUAGCAGCCAGCCUUCGGAGACCAGCAGGGAAAGCUCAGCCCGUGUGACCGCAGCAGGAGGCCCUGAGGCGGACCGUGGGGCCGGGCAGCCCCCGGAGAGCCGCACGCAGCCCGCCGAGCUCCUGAGCGACGUGCCCUUCACCCUGGCGCCACAUGUCCUGGCCGUGCAGGUCCCCGUCGGCGACCUUCCCGACCACUUACUCUCCUACGACGUCAGCGAAAACUUAUCGCGAUUUUGGUAUGAUUUCACUCUGGAAAACUCAGUGCUGUGUGAUUCAUAAUUUUUAUGUGUGUUUGUACCUUAACAGCUUUAAAAAGAAAAACAAAAGGAUUCUCUAUUUUAUUUAACUGUUUGAUAUUGUGUUCUUUAUCAUUUCGCCCUUUAAAGGCCCUCAGAAAAAAAAGCAAAGACGUUUAAACAAAUAAAAUAGCAUCAUAUUUGUUGUUGUAUCCUUUAGGGUAAAUUACAGUUGUCUAAAAAUGGACCUUCCGUUCCACUUCCCUCCCCCAUGUAAUAAAUAUGAAAGUGAAGCCAUGAGGGCUGGAUGAAGGGACUAGGCUGCCGCAGCGGCGCCUGCAAACCCUAGCCCGCUGAAAGAGGACUGAGGCCGUUUUCUUCCGUGCCAGACCCCGCAGCCUGGGCUUGCGCAGCGCUGCCCCUGACUCGAGGGGCCAGCUCGUUGCGUUCCUUCUUCUUCCACACUGAAUGUGAAUAAAUUCAGGAACAUCAUUGCCAGCUCGCUUCAUUUCUUCAUUCUCAGUGUAGCCACAGACCUGUGGCUGUUUGAACCUUCUCCUAGCCAACAGUGAAGGUUCGCCACCCAGAAAGGCUGUGCGCGCCCCGCUCCGGUCUCCUGAGCACACACUCGGGCUCCUGAGACCCGCAGCGCCUCUUCCCGACCUCCUCCGUGAUCCCUGUUUCCACCCUGUUCUUUUCCCUCCCCGCUGCUGAGUGCGCUCCUGAACAGCUUCCCGGCGACCUUCCUGCUUCUGCUUCCUUUUCCCUUCCCGCUGCAUGCGUUUCCAGUGACUGCCAAGGGCCACAUUUCAUUACCAGCCUCUUGGACAAAGACUUUUCCUGAGGAUGAUAUUGCUCAAGGCUCCACACUUAGAAAUUUGUUGCCACAAUACGCAUGAAAAUAUUUUACAAAUUCUAUACUUGAUUCAUUUCCAAGCAGAGUGUAGACAGAACACCUGGAUAUGACUUUUAGUUCCUGGAUGUCUGUUUUUUAUUCCAACUACAACAGGAGAGGCUGCACAUGAUCGCACAGGCCAGUAAUCCUAGCACUUGGGAAGCUGAGACAGGAGGAUCUUUGUGAGUU